AUGUGGCCCGAGAAAGGCAUUCCAUCGGUGUACACCUCCGCCCCGGAAGAGGGCGCCCUGCCCGCGACCAAGGGCGGCACCACCCAGGAUGGCCGCGACAUGUGGCGGGUUGGCCGCGAUCAGGAACUGAAUCGGAACUUUCGAUUUCUCUCGGUGCUGGGCUUCAGUGCCGUGUUGAUGUGUACCUGGGAGGCGGUGCUCUUUGGCGCCUCGUACGGCCUCACGGAUGGAGGCAAGGGGGGUAUGAUUUACACCUACCUGGGGGUGCUGUGCGGCUUCAGCUUUCCCAUUCUGUCCAUGGCCGAGAUGGCCUCCAUGGCUCCCACCUCCGGGGGUCAAUACCACUGGGUGUCCGAGUUCGCCCCGCCGAGCUGCCAGUGUCUGCUCAGCUACAUCACCGGCUGGGUGUGCGUGCUGGGAUGGCAUACGGGCAUUGCCGGCUGCUCCUACACCGUGGCCAAUAUGCUGGUCGGGCUGCUGGCCAUCAACUACCCGGAUUCCUACGAGUAUAAGCCGUGGCACGUCACUCUGUUGGUGAUCGCCGUGGCGGUGGCGGCCCUCAUCUUCAACACGCUGCUGGCGCAGAAGCUGGCUCUGAUUGAGGGCAUCAUCCUGAUCGUCCACGGCUUCGGCUUCUUUGGUAUUCUCAUCCCGCUGUGGGUGCUGUCCCCGUCGGUGCCACCCUCGGAGGUCUUUGGGUCCAUUGUCGACCGAGGGGGAUGGGGCAACAACGGCCUCUCGUGUCUCGUCGGCAUGGUGGGCCCUAUCUAUGCCCUGAUCGGCCCGGACUCGGCAGUCCACAUGUCGGAAGAAAUCCGCGAUGCGUCGCGCGUGCUCCCCCUGGGCAUGGUCUGGACCCUGAUCCUCAAUGGCGCCACGGGCUUCGUGAUGAUCGUGACGUUCGCCUUUGCCGUCGGCAACAUCGACGAGGUCAUGGCCUCGACGACGGGUUUCGCGUUCAUCCAGGUGUUCCUGAACUCGACCGGCUCGGUGCGUGCGGCCACGGGGAUGACGGUGGUGAUCAUGAUCAUGCAGUUCUGCGCCACCAUCAGCAACGUGGCGACCACCUCGCGGCAGAUCUACUCGUUUGCGCGCGACCAGGGGCUGCCGUUUUCUAGCUUUUUUGCCCAGGUCAACACCACCUUCACCGUACCCCUCAACGCCCUCUGCGUCAGCCUGGUCAUCGUCUCCCUGCUCUCGCUGAUCAACAUCGGCUCCUCGGUGGCCUUCAAUGCCAUCAUGUCGCUGGGCACCGCCGCGCUGCUGUCCUCCUACCUCAUCUCGAUCAGCUGCGUCCGUCUCCGCCGCUGGCGCCAGCAGCCCCUCCCCCCGGCCCGCUGGAGCAUGGGGCGCUUCACCCCGGUGGUGGAUACCGUGUCGCUGCUGGUGCUGGCGAUCGUGUUCGUCUUCACCUUCUUCCCCCUGACGAAUGACACCGCCCCGUCCGAAUUCAAUUGGGCCAUUGUCAUCUUCGGGGGGGUGGUGGUGUUGGCGCUGGGGUAUUAUGCGCUGCAUGCGCGGAAGGUGUACAAGGGGCCGGUGACGAGGGUUCGGGUGGCACAGUGAUUUCCUCAUUGUCCGUACCCAGUCAUAGAUGGGGGGAUGGGGGGUUUUAUAUAGUAGGAUGGUACUCGUGGUACCACGCAGGGCGAGGUGAUGUGUGAAUGACAACGUUCGCCACACGAGUUCGCAUGAACCCAUCGUAGGAAUUUAAUUACUAGGGUUUUCAAAUUUAGUCGUCAC